AUGGGCCUUGCACUCCGAGUCACAUGCGGGAUGUGCAACCGUUGGAUUCAAGGUAGAUCCCGGCCGGAUGCAGGAAAAAAGGAUCACUGGCGAGGGGCAGGCACGCGCCGGUGACAAAGCCGAACAAUCGUCACAACGAACUGCAACACCAACAAUCCGACUAUGCACAGUGAACUUCGAGUCUCGUGCUCGAUGUGUAACCGUAGAAUCCGAUCCAGAUCCCGGAGGGAAGAAAUCACUACGAAUCAUCAUUUGCGACAACUUGCGACGGGUGAGUGCGCGCCGUUGACUCCGAAAGCCUUCGACUGAACGGUACGAUUACACACAAGAGUCCGGAACAGCGCCAAAACAUCCGUUCGCAUUGCAAUCCGAGUCUCCUGCUCGAUAUGCAACUGUUGCAACCGAGGUAUAUUCCAACCGACACAAAGUUUGCGACGACAGGGGCCUCUUUGCAUUCGAGACCCGAGGAGGAGGAGGAGGAGGAGGGAGGAGGAGGAGGAGGAGGAGGAGGCAGGAACCUGGGCAUCCAGCGCGACAGGGCAAACCACCACGUUCCCCUCGGGACUGCCACGGGCGUGCCGCCUCGCGGGGGCCCACGCGACAGCGAUGUGCACUGGCCAGGGCCCCCCAAAUACAGCGCGGUGCCAGGGCUUGGGCCCGCUGUGAUGGCAUGCGGUUGGCUGGUAGUUGGAAUCACUGUGGGGGCGCCUGCGACUACGAACAUCAUGCUGCGCGGCGGAUCUUGGACCACACCGCGCCCCAUGCGCGCAGCACCGCUUGCGGAUACCAGCGCGCAGCCAGACGCAGUCGGGUAUAUCCAGGAACACGGCCAAGCAGGAUUACGUACGAUGCGCAUGCACUCCCAGCUCUCCAAGGCGGACUUGUUGUACCACCGGGUAGGGUGCAGGUGGAACAUACGAUUGCGCCAGCCCCCAGGUCUAACACUGCGAGUUGGGACUCCCCCUCUGGCCUACGCGGAAGAAGGCCUUGGGUUGGAAUGAAUGCGACGGCAUGCACAGCGUUUUCUGCGGAUGCUAUAACGCAAUGUGUCCAAUGUAUCCAAAUCUUGCGCUGAAAGGGUGGGGGCGCAUCCGCCGCCCCUCUUGAAGACGACACGGCAGACCAGCGACGCAGACCCGCAGGGCAAACCACCCGACGCCCAGUCGCUACGCGCUCCGGACGUGCACCCUGCGAAGCGAGAGAAAUCAGGUGACUAAAGAAAGUCUUAUGCUGUAAGAUGUGGCUGGCGAGGGGUGAGCUUGCGCCGCUGACUCGGAAUGCGUCGGGCAGAGCCGAGCACCAAGUGAUUCCACAUUCUCGCGAGCACACUCGGGCAGGAAAGGCAAACCCGACAGGACUGGAGGGGCUGCCAACGGUGCACCGAUUCCACGACGGCUCCUAGAAAACAGACCCUCACAACGCCAUCAGAUCCUUUACGUGGCAGCAGCCGCGUCCUACAUCGAAUCUCGACGUCUUGGCACAAGCCCCGAAGCCUCGAGCGCAAGGAUCCUCUCGCAAAGGAGUGAUAUCACCCUCCCCGUCAAUCCCCUCCUCCUCCUCCUCCUCCUCCUCCUCCUCCUCCUCCUCCUCCUCCUCCUCCUCCUCCUCCUCCUCCUCCUCCGGCGGCGCCUCCGGCGCCGCCCCCUCCUCCGAUCACACGCAGAACCUCUGCAGGACCACGGCGCGGCGGAGCCUGCGCGGCGCGCCCUCCUCCGCGAGCCCGCCCGCCGAGCCCGCCCGCGGCAGUGCUGGAGGCUCGCCCGCCGGCGCGCCGCGGCGCUGGCUGCGGGGGCCGCCGGCCGCCCCGCGGAAGGACGGGAGGGGGCACCCUCGCCGCCACCGGCCCGCGGCCGCCCUGCCCGCCCCAGGCCGGGCGCACCAGACCUCGGGCCCCGAGCGCGCGGACGAAGGGCAGGUUCUCGGGGUCGCGGACGUGGCUGGAGCGAGUGCGCAGCCACUUCGCGAGGUUGUCCGCCAGGCCCUGCAGCGUCGAGAACGCCGCCUUCAUGCCGGUGCCCUGCAGCGACCACUUGAACUUCUGGGCGCUGGGGAGGUCGACGAAGUUGAGGAAGGCGAAUCCGAGGCACUCCCCGGUCUGGAAGUUCCGAGGGACGUGCAAGUAGUCGCACCCGUCCAUGCAGCCCCUGCUCUCCAUCCACUGCCGCAAUGAGCUCUGGGUGGACUUCGGCGUCAGAUUCGACACGUAAAGGCUGACCUCCUCCGAUGAUCUGCCGUUCUUCUGUGCCCAGCGCAUAAUGAAUUUGAUAUCGUCGACGGUGGGCAUCUCUGCUGGCCCUCUCGCAGACGGUCUGCGCGGGCGACAGCAAGAAGUGGGUCUCUCGUGAAAAGAAAAACGAGAGCAAUGCUAGAACCGAGAAAAUGACUUGAGCCACAAUCGCU